AUGGCGGACCCAGCAGCAGUAGCACGGGUGAGAGCAGAUCUACAGAGCCGUCUCGACGCGCUCAGCAUACUCGACUUCCUAUGCUGCAUGUACAUCGUUACCGAAUGGCGCGGGGGUAUGCUCACCUUCGUCUACGUGGAUGCUCAACAAGGGUCUAGCGACGUCUGGUUCAGGCUCGCCGAGGUCCGCAUAGCUAACGGGGCCUUCUUCUGGCUACGGCAGGCCGUGAUACAAGCACCUCCCGAGGGAAACUCUUGGCCGGAGGGUAGUACGAUCCCGCAUCCCAGAGAGGUUACGAGAGUGCAGGAAAUCGACGAGAAGUAUCUCGAGCUGAUACUGGGGUUCUUGGACUCGGGCAAGGUGCAGCUGCCUGAUGGUUCUUGUUUCAUGGGCAUGGUCAAUAGAGAGAUUGAAGAGACCAUUGCUGCAAAUGCUGCGGGGCCUUUGACGUUCUUCCCAAGUUGA